CAUAAUUGUGAAAAUAAAGUGCAGUGUAAGUUAAACAAGUGACAAGAUGGACUCGGACACUGACUUGCAGAAUUUCUUCAACUGCGCCCAGCAGAUCUUGGCCAAGGAUAAACUGUCCAACCUGAAUGCCACGCAGAUGGUAGAUCUGCUGACGAGCGAGAUCUUGGGCGAUAUUAAUCUCAAGGUGCGGCUGGGCAACUGCAUGGGCCUUGGAGAACGGCCCUUCAGCCCUCCGUGGUGGGCACAGUUGGCCUGGUUCAUCGUCUUUGCCGUAAUGCUGCUUCUCGCAAUUCUUGGAAAUACCCUAGUCAUUUGGAUAGUUCUCGCUCACCGGCGAAUGAGGACGGUCACCAACUGCUUUCUCGUGAACUUAGCGGUCGCUGAUCUCCUUAUGGCGACGCUCAACGGGGCUCCAAACUUCGUGUUCCUGGUGACUGCUCAUUGGCCCUUCGGUGCCGUGACCUGCACUGCAAGCAACUUCACUGCCAACUUGACUGUGUCAGCGGGGGUAUUCACAUUGGUCGCUAUUACCGUGGAUAGGUACGUGGCUAUCGUGAAACCACUGCAGCACAGGCUGAGCCGAAAGGUGGCGCGGUCAGCGCUUUUCACCGUGUGGUGUGCCAGCGCUUUGCUUGCGCUCCCCAGCCUCCUCUAUUCUGACACUUACAAAAAACAGUAUAUCAACGGUGAAAGAGAAAUUUGUUUCAUCAAAUGGCCAGACGGUAGUUACCCCACGUCGAAAACUGAUUAUUGCUACAACAUCGUGUUCCUAGCUGUGACGUACGUAGCACCGAUGUCAGUAAUGGUGUGGGCGUACAUACGCAUGAGUGCGGCCCUCAGGGGCAGGGCUAUCGGGGAGUGCACUCAUCACCAGAUGCAAGUCGUCAGGGCUAAAAGAAAGGUCGUGCGAAUGUUCGUGCUAGUGGUGAUGGUGUUUGCUCUGUGCUGGCUGCCGUACCACGCGUACUUCGUGCUGGUCUACCACCAUCAGUCACUGGCCUCGUCUCCAUUGUCCCAACACAUCUACUUGGGCUUUUAUUGGCUUGCUAUGGCCAACUCAAUGUUCAACCCGCUCAUAUAUUAUUGGAUGAGUAACAAGUUCCGAAUUUAUUUCCGAGUGGUGCUAUGUUGGUGCCGAGCAGCGAAGACUGAAACGCCAAAUGAUUUGAAGAAAUUGGACAUGAAUAGAUCAUUUUCAGUAAGCCAGAGGCAUUAUCGAGACCCUUCUUCCUUCAGCCGAGCAUGACAUUCGCGGAGGCGAAGCCACCUCUCUCGCUCCCUCCCUGCUAAUG